CUCUAUUUAAAAAAUUUGCGUCAGUGAGCAUUUUUUAGUUUAGUUCACUGACUCAUAAUUGUCCAGUCUAUGGAGGAACUAAAUUCUUGUUUCUUCAACCCUUCAAUUUUGGAUUCCCUAUCUGAGGAUUCUCUUCACGAAAUCAUCGGCAGCUACAAUGGCUUCUGCGACGCGACGCAAUCCCUUCUCACCGGGAACGGCGAUCUCUCCGUCGCUCCCGACUUCGUUUCUCACGUUCACGCCCUCUGCAAACACCGUCUCCAUUCCCUCGUUCAAGACCACUUUCUUCGAGUCCUCGAGGAGACUUUUGAACGAAAUGGGGCAUCAAGAUUUUGGCGCCAUUUUGAUCCCUACUCUCAUGUUGCGGGUUUGAACAAGAAUGACGAUCUUGAUAUUGACGAGGAUGAAAUUCAGAGUGUGUUGUAUAAUGCUUUGGAAGAGGUUACUCUGGAGAAACAGUAUCAGGAGAAGUGUCUUUUGAUGUUGGUGCAUGGUUUGCAAUCUUACCAGGACCAGAUGUUAGAGGAUAAACAUGAUUUUGAAGGAGAAAGAAGUUACCUUACUUCUAAGUAUCAAUGGAUUGUCUCUUCUGUUCUUAUGGCCACACUUCCUCGGCAUUUCCCUGUUAUACUGCAUUGGUAUUUUAAAAGAAAACUGGAGGAGUUAAGUACGAUCAUGGAUGAAGAGUUUUGUGAUGAUGCAUCUCAAAAUAAGGAUGGCAUGGAUUUAGAUGAAAAAGGAAAAGUAUGCAACAAGGUUGGUGAAAUGGAUGUUGAUGAGUGCUAUAACGACCAUAGGUUCUCGGAAAACAGUAGACUGGUGAAGAACAUUGGAAAGGUUGUUCUUGAUCUUAGAAAUCUUGGAUUUACUUCCAUGGCGGAGGAUGCUUAUGCUUCUGCUAUAUUUUUACUACUGAAGGCAAAAGUAAAUGAUGUAGCUGGUGAUGAUUAUCGGAGUUCUGUUUUACAAUCUAUUAAAAGCUGGAUACAGGCUGUUCCUCUCCAAUUUCUGCACGCACUUCUUGUCUAUCUUGGUGAUGUAGUUAGUUAUGAGAGUACUUCAUCAGGUUUGAAAUCACCUUUGGCACCACAACCAUCUUCAUGCUGUCCUGGAAUUAAUACUCCCUCUGAAGGGCUAGUGAGAUGGAAGUUGCGGCUGGAAUAUUUUGCAUAUGAAACACUGCAAGAUUUAAGAAUAGCUAAAUUAUUUGAGAUAAUUGUUGAUUAUCCUGAGAGCUCUCCUGCAAUUGAAGACUUAAAAUUGUGUCUUGAAUACACUGGACAACAUUCAAAGCUGGUGGAAUCAUUUAUUUCAGCACUGCGAUAUCGCUUGCUUACUGCAGGUGCAUCAACCAAUGAUAUAUUACACCAAUAUGUUUCAACAAUUAAAGCACUUAGGACAAUAGAUCCUGCAGGUGUUUUCCUUGAGGCAGUUGGUGAACCCAUAAGGGAUUAUUUAAGAGGAAGGAGGGAUACCAUAAAGUGCAUAGUAACAAUGCUGACAGAUGGAACUGGUGGAAAUUCAAGUUCCUCUGCGAAUCCUGGAGAUAGCCUUCUUGAAGAGUUGAACAGAGAUGAAGAAAUUCAAGAGAAUGCUGGUGUUGAUGAUGAUUUCAACAGUGAUGAUAGGCAAGCAUGGAUCAAUGCCAUGCGAUGGCAACCUGACCCUGUGGAAGCAGAUCCAUUAAAGGGAAGCAGAAACCAAAGGAAGGUUGAUAUACUUGGGAUGAUUGUUGGCAUAAUUGGUUCAAAAGAUCAAUUAGUUCAUGAAUAUCGAACUAUGCUUGCUGAAAAACUUCUAAAUAAGUCAGAUUAUGAUAUUGAUUCAGAGAUACGUACUCUAGAACUCCUGAAGAUACACUUUGGAGAGAGCAGCCUACAGAAAUGUGAGAUUAUGCUCAAUGACCUAAUUGGCUCAAAACGAACCAACAGUAACAUUAAAGCUACCAUAAGUCAGCUACCUCAGACAAGUGUUGAAGUGGGAGACAGUGCAAUAAUAUCCAUGGAUGUAACUUCUGCCACUAUCAUAUCUUCUAAUUUCUGGCCUCCAAUACAGGAUGAGCCACUUAACCUGCCUGAACCUGUUGACCGUCUCCUAUCUGAUUAUGCAAAGAGAUUUAGUGAAAUCAAAACUCCUCGUAAGCUUCAGUGGAAAAAAAGUCUUGGAACCAUCAAGCUGGAGUUGCAGUUUCAAGAUAGGGAAAUGCAGUUCACAGUAGCCCCUGUUCACGCAUCUAUCAUUAUGAAAUUUCAAGAUCAACCAAGUUGGACGGCUAAAAACCUUGCAGCUGCUAUUGGGAUACCCGCAGAUGCUUUAAAUCGGAGAAUAAAUUUCUGGAUAAGCAAGGGGAUCAUUACAGAGUCGCAAGGGGAAGAUUCCUCUGACCAUGUAUACAACAUUGUGGAAAACAUGGCUGAGACAAGUAAGAAUGGAGCCAGUGCUGGUACUCAAGAUCUUCUAGGAGGUGACGAGGAGGAGGACAGAUCUGUGGCUUCUGUAGAAAAUCAACUUCUUAAGGAAAUGACUGUAUAUGAGAAAUUUAUCAUGGGGAUGCUCACAAACUUUGGUAGCAUGGCAUUAGAUCGCAUUCACAAUACUCUCAAGAUGUUUUGCAUUGCUGAUCCCCCAUAUGACAAAUCACUCCAGCAACUACAAAGCUUUUUAUCUGGUCUGGUUUCUGAGGAGAAGUUAGAACUUCGGGAUGGAAUGUACUUUCUAAAGAAGUAGUUUGAUUAAAGAGUUGAAAUGAAAUGCCUUUGGUCACGAGCAAAAGGCUUCAGCUCCAUUCUUGGUGGCAUCUUUGUGUUUGUCCUGAGGAAACUGCAUCCUUUUGGCUAGUCAUUUGUGUCAGUUUUAUUUUGGUUAUGCAAUGGUAGUACCAAUCUGAAGCAUUCAUCAAGUUGUUGGGAUAACACUAUCCAAGAUAUGCUAGAUAAUGCAAAUUCAAGUACACCAAUAUCAUCUUUGCCCCAGGAGAUGUGGAUUUGAAGACGUUAUUAGCUUUCAACAUAUGCUACUCCUUGGUUUGUGAACCUUUUCCAAAAGCUUCCACCUUUGCGAUUAUCAUCUAUUCUGAACGAGUCACCUUCCGGUAUGUAAAUUUGUAGUAUUUAGUGCUAAUUUAAGUUUAGAUGAUAUUAUGAAUCGAAUAGGAAACAAUAUUUUAUAGUGUUUACAUCAAAUGUAAGUUAAUUUGUUUGGUA